AUGUAUGACCACAUCGGCAUAGGUUUUGGGCCUGCGAAUCUGGCGCUGUGUAUCUCGCUGCACGAAAAUGAGGAGGCGCGCGCUGCACAGUUCUCUAUGUGCUUCCUGGAGCGCCAGCCGCAGUUUGCGUGGCACCCGUCGCUCCUGCUGCCCGGCGCGCAGCUGCAGGUGUCGCCGCUCAAGGACCUCGCGACCAUGCGCGAUCCGACCUCAUCGUACACGUUUCUGAACUUUCUCCACUGCGAGGGCCGGCUCAUGCAGUACAUCAACCGUGAGGAAAAGGUGCCGAGCCGCCGCGAGUGGAGCGCCUACCUCGCCUGGGCCGCCCGGCGCAUGGAUGCGUAUGUGCGCUACGGGUGCAACGUACAGGACAUCAUCCCUGAGACGCAGGAAAAUGGAUGCGUCGCGUACCGCGUUGUGUACCGCCGCGACACGCACAUCGAGUCGCUCCUCGCGUGGAACAUCAGUCUCGCGGUCGGCGGCGCGGCCAACGUGCCGCGCGUGUUCAGUGCGAUGUACGAGCCAGAGGCAGAUGCGAUGCUCCCUGUUGUGCACGCGUCUACCUUCCUGCCGCAAAUGGCGCGCCUUGGUGCGACGCUGCACGCCAAGGCUGCCGCGCAGCCGCUGCGCUUCGCGAUUGUGGGUGGUGGUCAGUCGUCUGCCGAGAUUCUGCGCUACCUGCGCGGCCGAUACCCCGAGGCGGCGCUCGACAUGAUUUUCCGCGCUGCAGCGCUCGUGCCGUCGGACGACUCGCCGUUCGUGAAUAGCGCCGCCUUUGAUCCAUCGAGCGUGUCGACGUUCUGGGAGAGCUCGGCGCGUCAGCGCCGCGCGCAGCUUGCCGAGUUCAAGCGCACCAACUACUCGGUGGUACGCAACGACCUCCUAUGCGAGGUCUACGAAAUGCUGUACGACCAGGAGAUCGAGUACCGCGAGCCGGACGAGGAGCCCAAGGGCCUCGUACGCAUUCUCGCCAACACCGAGCUCGUGCAUGCCGAGGUGCUGCCGGGCGGCCGCAUACGCAUCGACUCGUGCACCAACGCAGGCGACACACUCGAGCGCUCGGACGCUUAUGAUGCUGUGUUCCUCGGCACCGGCUUCCAGCGCGAUCCUAGCCACCUGCCCUUCGUUCGCACCCUCGCUGCGCACUUUCCGCUCCUCGCCCCCCACGGGAAGCGCGAGUUCGAGGCCCAGGAGCUCGCGCUGGACGAGCAAGUCGCACAGUCGCACGACCCCGAGACGCUCCGCGCGCAGCUGCGAGGCAUCACACGCGACUACCGCCUCGUCCCGAGUGACGGCUCGCCGUCGCCCGCCACGCUGCCCGACACAGUCGCCAUGCGCAUUCCCCGCAGCCGCCUUGGACGCGAGGGCAGCCGCGACUCGAGUGUUGCGCGCAGCACGCCCGACGACCGCGAUCCGGCACCAGCGCCACCCGUCCAGGCGCCCCGCGAUGGCGCCGUCUUUGUAUUUGGCAGCAACGAAAGCACACACGGCUUGUCCGACAGUCUCAUGUCUAUGGUCGCGCACCGCGCAGGUAUUGUCACCGCGUCGCUGCUGGCCGCAAAACGCGCCUAG